AUGGAUUGUCUUUAUGAACUACGCCAGCCGGUUUCGCAAGUAUGCGAAGAACUUGGUUGGGAUGAGCUAUCUAAUUCAGAUUGGAUCAUGCUGAAAUCAAUCAUUGAUUUACUUCGACCAUUUGCUGCAUAUACUCAAUUAGUGAGCGCCGACAAAUAUGUCACUUUUUCGUCUGCUGUUCCAUGCAUAGAAGAGUUAAAGUUACAUCUCCAGAGAAGUGCUGAAAAACCUGGACUGAAUGGAGUAGCAUGUGCAAUGCUAUCAGAUUUAACCAAAAGAUUCGAUUUUAUGACGAAAGAAGAUGAUCCAGAAUUUGACAUCUACUUGUUGGCUACUUGUCUUGAUUGUAAUUACAGAUUUUUCGUGAUAGACGAGCCUGAUGUUCAGAAAGUAGUCCUCAACAAUGUAGUCAAAAUCGCGAAGCAGUUAGGUUUGAAAUAUUGUGCAAACCAAGUUCAAAACGGAAACAACGCCAGUGGAGCUGCCCAGUCGUCGAUAGAAGAAAGUCAAGAAAGUGAAGAAACUCAAUCAGCAACAACAACUCAGAACACUGACGGCUACAAAGAUUUGAACCCGUCUUCCUUUCGGCUACUGUUGGAAAAAAAAAAAGCAAAAAGAUCAUCCAGUAGCAACGAUCAUUCACGCUCAUCGUCAGCUAUGUCUACGACUACGACCGACUUGAAUGCUGAAAUUGAAAAUCAUCAGUUGACCAGCAUUGAAGAAGAACUUCUGGAUUAUUUCAAUUUGGUUAGUCGUAUGAGUUCUAAUCUUCCGACAAGUGCAACACCCAUGCAAGAUUCAAUUGAUUUUUGGAAGGAUAAUGCCGAGCGGUUUCCCUUUUUGAAGAAUUUGGCCUACAAUGUUUUGAGUAUUCCAGCCUCUUCGGCUGCUGCCGAACGUGAGUUUUCCGCUUCGGGUUGGCAUACUCUGGGUCGAAAGAAUCGAACAACGGGAGAAACUUUGUCAGCGAAAGUGUUCCUCACUUGCAACAAAGAUAUUUUGCGUCCCUUGUUUUUUUAA